UGCCCCCUGGCUGCCCAGGAUCUCCCCCAGAUUCCGUGAGCACCCCCCCGCUGCCUAGUGAGGGCCCCCCUGUCUGCCCAGAAACGCCCCCCAGCUGCCCAGCAGCCCCACACCACAGGGACCCCCCCCCCCAUCUCCCCUCAGCACACGUGGAGACCCCCACGCACGGGUGGGCUGCCACAGCUUGGGGACCCCUCCCAGCAGUACCCCAGGGCGCCGUCACGGGCCUGGCCCGGUGCCCCCCAUUCACAGCCCCAAACCCCAGCUCCGAGCGGGCGCUGGCGCCCCGGGUGCAUGGGCCGAGCACCCACCGCUCGGGUCCACCUUAACCCUGGGGAGAGCAGCACCCGCGGCUGCCCCGUGCCCAGGAAAGGCUCCUGUGGGAUCACAGGGGCGUUUAUCUCGCCCGGGAUCAGCCAAUAUUUGUGGUCACAUCGGGAAAACAAGCCCUUCCUGCCGGGUCCAGCACCACUGCCCUACCGCCGCUCUCCCAGCCCCGGCUCUGCUGUCCCAGUUUGACUUGGGCUUAUUGGGACGGUUCAAGGAACCUGGUGUGCUGGGACCCCCGAAUUGUCAGCUGCAGGCACCAGGGAUGACGGCCGCGGUGGCUUUCCUGCUCCUGAGCCUUCUGAGGAUGGCAGCUGCCAAGGGAGUGUGGUGCCCAGCCUGUGGGCUGGCGGCCCUGGCCCCUGCCACGCAGCGGGACAUCCUCAUCGCGCUGGCGAAGCAGAGCAUCCUCUCCAAGCUCCGCUUGCCGGACAGGCCCAACAUCACCCAGCCCACGUCCCGGGGGGCCCUGCUGACCGCUCUCGGCAGGAUGCGGGUGCAGCGCACCGACGCGCCCGUCGCCCCAGGAGUGCUCCGUGCCAGCAGUGUCCCUUACCCACACCCCGUGCCGGGCGUGCAGCACUACGAGAUCCUGAGCUUUGCCGAGUCAGGGUCCUCUACUUCCCGCAGAACCCUCCUGCAUUUCCACUUUGCCCCGGAGCUGGGUGGGAGCACCGAGAUCCUGCAAGCCAACCUCUACCUGUUCUGGGCAUCCCCUGGCCCUGGGACACACCAGGUCACGGUGAAGCUCUUGCAGCCAGACCUGACGGGGCUGAACAUGACCAUGGUCAGCAAGAUGUGGCUGGAGGUGCAGAGGGCUGGCUGGGCCACGCUGGAUGUGGGCCGAGCUGUCCAGAGCCUCUUCAGCCAAGGGAGCCAGAGGCUGACCGUGGAGCUGGAAAUGGUUGAGGACUCUGGGCCUCCCCUUCUGGCUGGCCACAGCGAUUCUCACUGGCCGUUUGUGGCAGCCCAGGCCCGGGACAGGAUGCCCCAUCGGGUCCAGCGGCGUGGCAUUGACUGCAGCGGGGACUCGCGGAUGUGCUGCCGCAAGGAAUUCUUCGUGGACUUCAAGGAGAUCGGCUGGGAGGACUGGAUCAUCCAGCCAGAGGGAUAUCACAUGAACUACUGCGCAGGGCUCUGCCCCUUGCACAUGGCUGGGAUCCCUGGCCUCGCUGCCUCCUUCCACACAGCCGUCCUCAACCUCAUCAAAGCCAACAACGCAGACGCAGCCGUGGACUCCUGCUGUGUGCCCACGCAGCGUCGCCCCCUCUCUCUGCUCUACUAUGACCGGGACAGCAACAUCGUCAAGACCGACAUCCCCGAUAUGAUCGUUGAUGCCUGCGGCUGUACCUAACCUGCCACCGGAGGAGGCCUGGGGGCAAGAUGGGUGCUGUGCGGGACUCUCCUCCUCCCAGCUCCUCCUUGGCAGUGCAAGAGCUGGAGAGCUGCUGCCAGGCAUGAGCCCUGCCAAGGCACUUUCUCCUCCCGAGGCUGAAGCAUCAGGGUGGUGCUGAGUCUGCAGGUCCUCUCCACCCUGGCCUCCUGCACACCUCUUUCCCCCUUCAGAUCUGCCCAUGGAUUCCUCUCAACCCCUGUGCCAUGGCCUCUCAGCCCUGCUUCUGCUGGAAUCCAGACCUUCCUGCCCAAAUCCCCUGCUGAGCACCCUGAUCUGGGGUGGCUCAGGGCAGCCCAGCCUCCCCACCGCUGCUCCCCCAACCCAGGCCAUGUUGUGGUGCUGCAACUUGAACGUGUGGUCCUCUGGUCAUGGGCAUCAGCCAGGCCACCUCCUGCUACUGGGGGAGCCGAGGAGCUGAGAAUAAGCUGGGAGCUGGCGAGGUGAGAGAGGAGAGAGAGGCUGCAGAGCCCCAUGCAGCAGCUGGAUGUGAGGUUGUUAGGGGUGAGGGAGGGGGAACUGGUGCUAUUGGGAGGAAAGUGUCAAUAAAUGACUCCCAGCCAUAGCGUGUGCGUGUCUGUGGGUGCACGUGCCUGUGCCCUGCCGUCAGCCAGCUCAUCUUCCCUCUGCCCCCAGGCUGCAAGGUGAUGGAUAUGCCCUAGCGCAGACAGCCCCACGAUGGCACAAAACUGACCCACGCUGCCAUGCACAGUCCCCUUCUGAACACCUGCCUGGCCAUAAAAGCCAGGCAGUGGGGCUGGGCACCCACCGCUGCGACUCGCCAUGCCCAGAGGCUGUAAUCCUGCUGGCCCCCACAGCUCUCAGGCUCCCUGUCCCUUGGCUGCCUUUCCUGGGGGGGUGCAGAAUCCCUGUCUUAUCUCAACC